AUGUCGGUGAUGCAGAAGAGGCAGCACUGCUACCUGUGCGAUUUGCCCCGCAUGCCGUGGGCGAUGCUGCACGAGUUCUCGGAGGCGGUGUGCCGCGGCUGUGUCAACUACGAGGGCGCGGACCGCAUAGAGGUGGUGUUGGACACCGCGAGGCAGUUGAAGCGCGCGCACGGCUUCCAAGAGGGCAGGGGCCCGACGCACGCGAAGGGUGCCCACAGAGCGCCUCUGGACGCUCACCAGAAUGGGGGCGAGUCUACCGGCCGUGGCCAGCCGGCACCGCCCGCCCACCACGCGCCUUCCACGGGCUUCCCGCUGCAUCACACUCGUCCGACGCCCAGCGCGGGUCUUCUAGCAGAAUACGGCAGCCGGCGAGAAGAGCACGAAGGAAGGCGGCUGACACAUUUACCCUCUCACCACCUUCCAACACACGCCGGAGCCCGCUUGGCCCCCGGGCUUACUCUUAAGCGACCACUCGAGGACGACGACCAUCCGACACAUCACGAGCCGGCGAAGAGGCUUCUUGAGGAGCACUCGCGACCUCCACUAACCCGCGGCGAGUCCCUCCCAGCGGUAUCCCUGGCGGCACCCUUCGCGCCCGAACGAGUCUUCAAACAGGAGAAACAUCCUCUCCGAACACCGUCCUUCGACGCGUCUUCGUUCAAAACUAACGGGUACACCAGCAGCGUGGGCGGCGUCGGAGUUGGUGGCGCGAGUGGGGCUACCCUCAGCAACGGCGCUGGCGGUUCGCCCCUGGGGCGGGCGGCGGCUUCGCCCCCGGCCGGCGGGCCUUCGCCCAUGGCGGCCCUUAUGUCCGUCACGGACACCCUGCCGCCCGGCAGCCCUAGAUCCGCAGGGGGAUCCCCGCCGCAGCCCCCGCCCCAGCGCUCCAACAGCCGCUCCAGCCAGCAUUCGCCAAACUCCUCAGGCUCGAACGGCGGGCGCCGGUCGUCGGGCUCGCGGCACGUGUCCUCCACCACGUCGGUGUCGUCGAGCGAGGCGGCGGACGCCGAGCCAGCCGCGCCCCUGCUCAAGUGCACCCUCUGCCAGGAGCGGCUCGAGGACACGCACUUCGUGCAGUGCCCCAGCCAGCCGCACCACAAGUUCUGCUUCCCCUGCUCCCGCGACUCCAUCAAGCGGCAGCAGGGCUCCGAGGUGUACUGCCCGAGCGGCGAGAAGUGCCCGCUGGCGAACAGCACGGUGCCGUGGGCGUUCAUGCAGGGCGAGAUCGCGACGAUACUGGGCGAGGAGUUCAAGCCGAAGAAGGAGCGGGAGACC